AUGCGGUGCGGGAAGAUGGCGGCACCGCCGGCAGCCGGGGCGCCGGGCGCUUGGGGCGGCGUGCGGCGGCGCUGCCAGCGGCUGCUCUACUGGGUGCCGGUGCUCUUCAUCUCCAGCAUCCUCUGCUGGUCCUACUACGCCUAUGUCACCCAGCUCUGCCUGCUGACAAUGACAAAUAUCGGAGAAAAAGUUGUGUGCCUGGUGGCUUACCACACAUUUUUCAUGCUGUUCGUCUGGUCAUAUUGGAAAACAAUCUUUACGCUACCAAUGAAUCCUUCAAAAGAAUUUCAUCUAUCAUAUUCAGACAAGGAGUCCCUAGAGAGGGAGCCUAGAGGUGAAUCCCAGCAAGAAGUCUUAAGACGGGCAGCCAAGGACCUUCCUAUCUAUACACGGACAAUGUCUGGAGCAAUCAGAUAUUGUGACAGAUGCCACCUUGUAAAACCAGAUCGUUGCCAUCACUGUUCAGUAUGCGACAAAUGCAUUUUGAAAAUGGAUCAUCACUGCCCUUGGGUGAACAACUGUGUAGGAUUCUCCAAUUACAAAUUUUUUCUUCUCUUCUUGGCUUACUCGCUACUGUAUUGCCUUUUCAUUGCUGCAACAGAUUUGCAAUACUUUAUAAAGUUUUGGACAAAUGGCCUUCCUGAUACUCAAGCCAAGUUCCACAUCAUGUUUUUAUUCUUUGCUGCAGCUAUGUUUUCUGUCAGUUUGUCUUCUCUCUUUGGGUAUCACUGUUGGCUUGUCAGCAAGAAUAAAUCUACAUUAGAGGUAUUCAGAGCUCCCAUAUUUCGUCACAGAACAGAUAAGAAUGGCUUUAGCCUGGGCUUCAGCAAAAACCUAAGGCAGGUGUUUGGUGAUGAGAAGAAAUACUGGCUGCUGCCUGUGUUUUCAAGUUUAGGGGAUGGUUGCUCCUUUCCAACUUGCCUUGUUAAUCAGGAUCCUGAGCAAGCUUCCACACCUGGUGGACUUAAUUCAACAUCCAAAAAUGAGAACCAUCUGUUUCCUGCAAAGCCGUUGCGUGAUUCCCAGAGCCACCUACUUACAGAUACCCCAGCUUGGUCAGAAACUGCUGCAAAGGCUGAAAAGGGCAAAGUUGGUAUGAGCAAUCCUGCAUUAACCAUGGAAAAUGAAACUUAA